AUGGGUGAAGUACCAGAAGUUCAUGGAUCUCGAAAGGUCCUCAACGUUGGAAUUAUCGGCUUGGGAGAGAUUGCCCAGGUAUCUCACAUCCAUGUGUUGAACAAUCUCUCCAGCUGCUACCGCAUCACCUACAUCUGCGAUGUGUCUCAACAAGCUCUAGAUCAUUGCAGCAAGAAGGUUGCGGGAGGAACACCCAAAACUACGACCAGUCCAGAGGAGCUCAUCACUUCUCCCGAUACUGAUGUCGUUGUCAUCUGCAACGUCAAUGCUUUCCAUCCUGAACAAGCAAUCCUAGCCCUAAAGCACAACAAGUAUGCUUUUGUGGAGAAGCCUCUCGCGCUGAACUAUCGCGACCUGGAUUCCAUCAUUGCUGCAGAGAAGACCUCUGAGGCUAAGGUCUUUGUGGGAUACCAGAGAAGAUAUGCGGAGGUUUUCCUGGAUGCUUUGAAAGAAAUCGAGAGCAUGGACAAGAUAGAGUAUAUCCGGGUCAGAGAUAUUAUUGGGCAAAAUAGUUCUUUCGUCGACCAGUCUGGUAUAUUUCCGAAGAAGUAUACCGAUUUCUCAAAGGAUGCGGUUGCAGACAUGCACUCAGUUGAGGAAGAGAUGGUCAAGACGGCACUUAUUGACGAAUGUGGAGUUGAAGCAACCCCUGAGUCGAUGACCUUGUUUAGGCUGUUCACAGGACUUGGCGUUCACGAUUUCUCUGCUUUGCGUGAGAUGGUUGGCAUGCCCUCACGAGUUGUCGGCGCAUCCCUUGGGUUGCCAAUUUGGAACGUCCUGUUCCAGUACGAGGGCUUUCCAGUCAUGUAUGAAUCAGGAAUUAUCGACGUGCCCAGGUUCGAUGCCCACAUUGAGAUCUAUUCUCGACGAAAGAUUGUGCGCGUCGAUUACGAUACCCCGUAUGUGAAGGGGCUUCCUGUCACUAUGACCAUCAGGGAGAGGGUCGACAGUGCCAAGGGCGAUGGCUACCAGGAGCGCACGGUGAGAAAGACCUACGAGGAUCCUUUCACGCUCGAGUUUCUGGACUUUUAUCAUUGUGCGACGAACAAGGCGUCCCCAAAGACUUCGGCUGUGGAUGCUCGGGAAGACAUGGACCUGAUCAAGAUGAUCAUGCAGGCUGCCUAUCCCUGA